AUGUACGAACGAGAUUACAAUCUUAGAAAUGCCCGCGCAAAUAACUCUGAAUUAUUUUGGAGUACAUAUAAGAAGCUUAGAAAUACUGUCACGGCUGAAAUCCGAAAAGCUAAAUCAAAUUUUAAUAAGAAACUUUUAGAAGAGAACAUGGAUAACCCUAGCAAAUUCUGGAAAUCUAUUAAAAGAAUUACAUCCGGCAAUAAAACCAAGACUAAUCCGCCCAUACGAGUAAAGUCCAUUUUCAAUGAUAAAGUAACCGAGACUGAUGCAGAUACAGCUACUACGUUUGGCUUAUUUUUCAGUCGAAUCGCGGAACGAACCUCUAAAGAAUUUUAUAAACUGCAUCCAGCCUUAACCUCUUUAUCCUCAGUCCCGGCUUACAUACUCAAUUCAAAUAAUGUUGGACCUAAUGUUUUCAACUUUAAAGAAAUUGAGAUAUGUAACAUUUACAAUCAUCUUCGAACAUUGAAAACGACUAAAGCCAUUGGUCUGGACGGUAUUCCAGCAAAGUUGCUUAGAGACUCAGCAUCAGUUAUUGCGCCAUCAAUAACCUCACUAUUCAACCUAUCGUUAUCCACAUCAACAUUUCCGAGUGAUUGGAAAUUAGCCAGAAUUAUUCCCAUCUAUAAAGGCAAAGCCCGAAACGACCCAAGUAACUAUAGACCCAUCUCAAUUCUCCCAACCCUAUCCAAAAUUCUCGAAAGGGAAGUUCAUAAGCAGUUAAGCACCUACCUAGAAGCCUUAAACCUUAUUUCGGGAUUUCAGUUUGGUUUCCGUAAGAAGUAUUCAUGCCCAAUGGCUAUCACUCUUAUAUCUGACACCAUUAGGAAAAAUUCUGAAGCGGGUCUAUUGACAGGCGCAGUUUUCCUCGAUGUUCAAAAAGCAUUCGAUACAGUUUCACAUCCGAAGCUACUCAGUAAACUGAGAUUCUUUGGAAUCCGUGAUAACGAACUUAAUUGGUUUGAGGACUAUUUGUUAGAUAGGUACAUUCAAGUUGGAGUGAACGGUGCAUUAUGUUCAUCAUUUCCUGUGAAUUCAGGAGUACCGCAGGGAUCUAUAUUGGGACCAUUGCUUUUUAUAAUGCACAUGAAUGACUUAUUGCUUACUCCCUUUACUGGCUCUAACCUGAUAAGGUAUGCUGAUGAUACCAUGAUCUAUUUCGCUGCAAAGACCACUGCUGAAAUUACCGAUAUACUAAAUGAGGACUUAAAGAUUAUCGGAGACUGGGCAAUCAACAAUGAAAUCUAUCUGCACCAAGGGAAAUUGGAAUUGGUCCUCUUUGGGACGCACAAACGGAGAUCAAUAAAUGAACCCUUAAAAGUUCAAAUUUAUGGCCUUGAUAUAAAGUCGUCAUUGGUAUACAAGUACCUUGGUCUACAUCUUGACAGUGGCCUGACGUAUAAAGAUCAUCUACAGUACACCUGCUCUCGAGUCUCGAAAAGAAUAGGUGCACUACGACGUAUUAGACCAUAUAUUACAACCCACACCGCAUUAACCAUCUAUCUGGCAACUGUUCUCCCCAUAUUGGACUACUGCGACUUCAUCUGGGACUGCCUUAGCCAAACCGAUGCUGACAGACUUGAAAGAUUACAAAAUAAAGCAAACGAAAUAAUUUGUAAUAACAUUCCCACAGUAGAUACUAAGCUGACUUCUCUGAAAGAUAGGAGAUCUAUGCAUCUAUCAAUUUUUACAUUUAAAUGUAUUAAUAAUUUGGUUCCAGUUCCUUUCAAUGAGUAUUUCACACUUUAUCAACCUAAGCACUCAAUUAGAAACAGUGAGAUGAAGUUAUUAGUUCCAAGAUCAAAGUUAGAGUUCGCAGAACGCAGCGUUCUUGUAAGAGGCUCUAAAACAUUUAAUAACUUGCCUGAACAUGUCCGCCUAGAAUCAUCUCUACCUAGCUUUAAAGCUAAACUCUUAGACUUAUUUACUGCUUAA